AGAAGGUUGGUUUCUAAUGAAGCAAAAGUUAGGAGUUGGAAAGGAGAUUUCAGUCCACCGUACAUGAAGCUAUACAAUGUUUAUAGGGAAAUUGCUCAUGGAUGCAAGGUUGAGUUCAAUGGUGACUUUAGUUACGAAGUCACAGAAGGUGAUGAUAGACAUACAAUUAAUCUGAAGGAUAAAAGAUGCACAUGUAGGGCUUGGGACUUAUCGGGAAUACCAUCCCUCCAUGCUAUCAAGGCCAUGUUGUAUGAUAAGGUUGAACCAGGAACACAAAUACACUGAUAUUAUUGUAAGGAGGCUUAUUUGCUAACUUACAAGAACAAAAUACAACAUGUUAGGGGAGUUAAAUUUUAGAAAGUCGAUCCAGCCCAAGCCAUGGAACCACCAGAAGCUGUGAAGACUAUAGGCAUGCCUAAACUUAAAAGAGAUAGAGUACCAGAUGAAGCAGGGAAAAGGAAGGGAGAGUGGAGUCAAUCCAAGAAGGGAUCAACCAUGCAUUGUAAAAAAUGUGGUGAACCUAACCAUAAUGCAAGGGGCUGUUAUAAUGACAAUACUCAAGGAGCUAGUUCUAGUUCAAGAAAUUGUAAAAAGAAAUGCAAUGAUACAACCUCAACUCCAAGGAUACAUCAUUCAGGUGGCACAAAUGAUGAAGCAGAAAUAGAGUUUCAAACUGAAGUGGAGACACAACAAUCAGUUUAUUCAACCACACAACCUUAUGGUCCUGAAGUCGAUACUGAAGAAGACUUAUCACUUAGGCCAAUGGUUGUUUAUGAAGUCACAAGGCUGGAAGAGAGAAAGAAAAAACCUAAGCCGACAAUUGGAUCAAGGAGAAUUAGAUUUACUGGAGAUGCUAGUGGAGUGUCACUACCAAUAAAUUUGUCUUAUUCACCAACUAAAACUAUUUGGAAAGGUAGGGCAGCAACUACACUUCAUCAGCUACAAAAUGAAGGGAAAAAAAAGAGAUUGAAGAUGAUGGUUAGAAAGGGACAAGGAAUUCCAGAUAAUGAUGACAAUGAUGUUAACUUUUAAAGACUAGGAAUUGUACUUAGUGUUUUGCUUGAAUGCACUUGGAAUAUUACCUUAGAAAAUGUUUUGGUGGUUCUUUUUAAAAUUCACAUUUGUCUUGGUGAUAGUUGACCACUAAAAUGUGGAUGUGCAUUUGGUUGGAUGGUGUAACUUGUCUUGUUGACAGUUGACACUAGAACUUGUUUUGUGUUUGAUAGUUUUUGGUGUUGGUGUGCAGUGAAUCUGCAU